GUUUCAUUUGUAUUCAAUAUUCAAUUAUGAAACAAGCUUAACAACGGCACAUCGGUCGCGAAACAAGCCACAGCAACCGGGGAUCGAAGAAAACGAAUGAAAUACAAAAACAAUUUUGCUAAAAACAUUGUUAUAGUGAAUUCCCGCCAGAAUAGAACAAAAACAAACUGUUUAACGAAAAAAAAAAAAAACAAUUAGAAAAUACUUGUGACUAGUUUGAAAAUAAAAUUACAAAAAAAAAACGUGCGUUUAGUCUCAAAUAAUUUAUAUAUUUGAAAUAUUUUCGAUACGGGGCUUUAAGUUGAGUACGAGGUCGAAGCACAAUCAUGUUCCUUAAGAGUGGUCUUCUUCGAAGCAUUUUUUUGAUUUGCCUACUGGGAGUUAUGUGUGGGCGAGGAUCGGCGAAUUACUGUUCCCUAGAUCGAAUGAAGAAACUAGCUAUGGAAGCAUGUGAACAUCUUUUCGAAGCUUACGAUGUGAGGGAAAGGCGCUCUAUAGAUCAUGGACACAUGGAUAAUAAUGCAGAAUAUGAACCUACCAGUUCGUUUCGCUAUGUCAGACGCAGCUCCUAUCCACAAGGUGGCUAUUUGAAAGUGGGUAUCGAUCAUUACAGGAAACUCAGCACGCUGGACAUUAAUCCCCGUUACAAGGCCAAGAAAGUCUGGCAGAUGCAGCACGGUGAGAAGUUACGCUUCAAGCGGAAUGAGGACAGUUACGGCAGCAGCAUUUCGUACUGCUGUUUCCACAAAUGCGAUGAGGAUUUCUUCUGUUGAGAAAGUUGUUUGAAAAAGUUCCGUCCGUCUCUUGGAAUAGCAAUGAGUCGAAAAUUCCGGUUCCGUCCAAAUAAAUUUUACUUCUAAAAUUAGUCAUAAGUUAGUGAUAACAAUAGGCUUUUGUACCUAAUUAGCAUAAAUAUUUGAAUCUAUCCAUGGGUGUGUGUGUAGAACACACCAUCAGUAUUAUCAAGUUAAGUUCCCGCCAUCGUAGCAUCAGAAGUGAAGUGAAUAUUACCGGAUUACCCGGCUCCGGCCCCGGCCCCGGCCCCGGCCCGGACCAUGUCAUGCCAUGCCAUAUCAACGCAAUGCAAAUUUGUCCAUUCAUUAUUAUUUUACAUUUUCCUGAAAUAUUUCAUAAGAUUGUUUAACUUGAGUUACAAACGUGCUUUCUUGCUGUUGUUGUUGUUGUUGUCGCAAACCAAUAUUUCUAAUGAAUGCAUGAAUUAUUAUAAACGAAUUUAUUAAAAGAGAAACAAAAACAACAACAGCAUGCAGUAUUGUUUAUCCAAACAAAA